AUGCCUAAGCGAAAUCGUUCGUUUGCGGAUGAGGAUGAAGUUGAUAUUGUUCCGACGACAGCUGAGGACAGGUUGACUAAUAUUAUGCUCCAAAAAAUGCUUAGACGUGGGCUGUUAUUAAAUACUGUUGCUUCUUCCACCAGUCAGUCUCCUACAUCAGCUGCUAAUUCUUCCACUGUUCAGUAUACCUUGACAACUACAUUUCAAACAACUCAAGCUUCACCCAGUACCAGUCAGAUUUUUCCUGAGGCUAUGGAAAUGGUAACCUCUGUUGAGUCAAUACCUGUCAAUAGUAAAGUUUUGCAUUCGUCUGUGGCAGAAACAGUGACUGUAACAAACAGUCUCGACCCAUCUCUUAGAUUUUCAGUGCCUAGUGUGAAUAACUUAACAUCAAGAAUUAAUCUUGUACUGGCCACUACGUUGUAUAAAACUGCUGUCAAAUCACCAAAACCGUUCUCUAGUCAGUCUGGUUCCAGGGGUACUGUUUGUUUGGCUUAUAAUGGUCGUAAAGGCUGCACUUGGCAAAACUGUCGGUAUAUGCAUGUAUGUUCUAAAUGUGGGUUCAAUCAUGCAGCUAUUAAUUGUUUUGCUAAACGUACUCGACAACAAUCUCAACCUCAAUCUCCUCAGUCAGGAUUUUCACCUAGCUAUAUUGCAUCGAAUAUGUCAGUUCUAUCCUUUGUACAAAAGUCACAUGGUUAUUCAGAAGUACAUUCAUUUGUAACUAACUUGAUUUUAAAGGGCAUUCGCAAACUCAACGUUCCUUUUGAAAAUCGUUUACCUAUAACUUUACCUAUUUUAAUUCGCAUUUUAAAAGCCAUUCCUUUAGUUGUACCUGUUUUGUUUGAUAGAUAUUUACUUUGCGCUUUAUUUUCUGUGGCCUUUGCUGGCUUUUUCAGAUUAGGUGAAUUAGUAGUGAAAUCUAGUUUUAAUGCUAAAUUUGUGUUACAAGUUUCAGAUGAAUCUAAGAUUGCCGGACCAAACAUAGAUUUAGGGGGUUGGUAUAUAUACAUUUUGUUAGAGAAAAUGGUCAGAUUAGAUUUUGGCUUUUAG